AUGCGGAGCGUUACUACCGAGAUAGAUAGAGACGCUGAAGUAGAUCUAUACAGUCCACGCAUGACGUGUGUAGAUGUGAAUGUGAACGUACCUACACAGCCACAUGAACACGAAGUACAGGCAAUGAAUACUACAGGCUCUUUAAAUGCAACUGAAAGCGCCGGAGGAGAUACGAACAAUGGGCGGCAAAGGGAUGACCCUGCCAAGACAUCCGUGCGAAUACGAAGCGAGAGUUAUCAUGAGACGACAAGGGUUGCGUCUGGUAAUGGAGCUGACUAUAUGCGCACGAAUGGCGGACAAAAACACACAGGCACUGGUCAUAGAGACGAACACGCACCCGCGGACGAUAUCAGAGGGCAGGCACAGGAUGAGACGAAUCUACGCCCCCGAGAAGCACAACAUGGACACAGGGCCGCUGCCGCACCUGUGCUACGUCAUGCACGGGCGAGCGAUAUGCAGGAUACGGGACAGGCUCAGGCGGAUGCAGCACACAUACGCACACACACACACGUACACGUACACGAACACGAGACAGACCGAUCCCUGAUCCGAAGGCACCGGCGUGACAACAGCCAAACGGGCAAUUUGGAGGAUGUUAAGACAGACACUUUGGGUGUGGACACUCACACACCUACGCACACGGGCGGGUGUAUCAGUGUCAGUGCGCGGGAGGGUGUGCUGUGGGUGAGCUGUGAGGGGUGGAUGGAGGUGGAUGGGGAUGUGGGCAAGGUGGUAGGUAGGCACACUGGUGGAAAUCCACGGAGAGUGUCUACAGAGGCAGGCACACAGGAUACCCGUGUGCAUGCAUACGGACACGCUCGCAACCGUGCAGCUGAAGCUGAGCACACGGAGGGGGUUGACAGUGCGAGCCAAUGCCAGGCACAGAUGCGCUCGUGCGUGUUGGAGGCCACGUGUGACGGCUGUGGUGUGUGCGGUGGAGCGGGAGCGUCGUGUGCUGCCAUGUGCGACGAUGAAG